AUGCCGCGCGAUGCGACGGCGACGACGGCGCGACACCGGGUCAAACAGCGCGGACUGGUGCAGAAAGAGAUCGCGAGCGCGAGCUUCAGCUUUUACGACGCCGAGGAUGUGCGCAAGAUAUCGGUGAAGAGGAUCACGAACCCGGUGCUGUUCGACGGGUUGAACAACGCGGUGGCGGAUGGUCUGUACGACCCCGCGCUCGGACCGACGGACUCGAAAACGACGUGCGUGACGUGUAAAUUUCCGGGAGGGAUGUGCGCGGGACACUUUGGACACCUCGAGCUCGUCGUGCCGGUGUACAACCCGUUGACGUUCGGCACGGUGGUGCGGUUGCUGAAGACGACGUGUUUUCAUUGUCACAAGUUUCGCUUGCACGCCAGUCGCGUGCGAAGGUUUCGAGAGCGGUUAGAGAUGCUCAUGGAUGGUGACAUGGAAGCGGCCGAGGGAGUACUUCCGGAGAUUAGCAAGAAGGCGAAGGAAGAGAUGAGCUCAGUGUUUAAAGAGGUCGAGGGCGACGGCGAUGCGGAGGAGAUGGAUUUAGACAACAUCCACGACGUCUUGCCGAGAUUGAAAACGCGUGGUCGAGGUGAACCGGUCGUAUGGACUUCGAUCACGUCCACGGCAGCGCGAAAUUUAAUCAAGGAGUUUCUCGCGAUACAACCGAAGAAGUGUGAGAACUGUGGGGCUAUGAAUCCGAAGGUGUCGCCCGAGGGACACAAUAAGAUCUUCAGAGGUGCACUUCCGAAGGCGCAUCACGAGAACAACUUAGCCAAGGGCAUUGACAUCAACGACGAUAUGGCUAGCGACUCAGAGACGAUGUCCGUGGAUGAGCGCGUGCAGGAGGCGGCAAAGUCGCUUUACAUCACCCCAAUUGAGGCUCGAGCUUUGCUUAAACGUUUAUGGAUGUACGAGUACGAUUUUUGUUCCAUGAUCUGGGCGACGACCCCACCGAAUAAGUGCACGAAGCGAGGCGAAGAGCGUCGAAGUGAUCCGGCGAGGUUUUUCAUUCAAACACUCCUCGUGGCUCCGUCAAAGUUCCGGCCGCCAAGCAAGAUGGGCGAUAUGAUCUUUGAUCACCCGCAAAAUACGGCGCUCACGACGAUUAUCCAGGCCAAUUUAAGUCUGGCCGAGCUCUUUAGGACGCCUCCAACGGUCCCAGAGCCGCCUGAGGUGCGAGCAGGCCGAGCCGUACGCGCUUGGUUGGCUUUGCAAUCCGGCGUGAAUCGGCUCAUCGACGCCACGAAGGCUGACACCCAAGAAGCCAAGCAGGCUAUUGGGAUUCGUCAGCAGCUUGAGAAGAAAGAGGGUUUAUUUCGCAUGAACAUGAUGGGUAAGCGCGUGAAUUUCGCCGCACGGUCGGUGAUUUCCCCCGAUCCAUACCUGGGCACGAGCGAAAUUGGCGUUCCUCCGGUGUUCGCGAAAAAGCUCACGUUUCCCGAGCUCGUCACCCCACAUAACGUUGACUUGAUGCGCACACUCGUUGAAAACGGACCUGAAAUCCAUCCAGGGGCGAACGCGAUCGAAGACGAACGAGGGCGUGUGAUUCACUUGGACAAGUUCACCGCCGAAAAGCGAGCUGCCAUAGCGAAGACUCUCUUAGCAACGACGGCCGCUGGAUCUGCGGACGGGCCGGCGAGACCGCUCGCAAAGACGGUGUAUAGACAUUUACGCGACGGCGACGUGAUGCUCGUUAAUCGUCAGCCAACGUUGCACAAGCCUGGUAUUUUGGCGCACACUGCGCGGGUUCUACCGGGGCAGCGAGUCGUCCGUAUGCACUACUCCAACUGUUCCACCUUCAACGCCGAUUUCGAUGGGGAUGAAAUCAACCUUCACUUUCCGCAGGAUCACUUAGGACGAGCCGAAGCGUAUGAAAUCAUGCACGGCGAUCGUCAGUUCACCGUACCAACGGACGGGAAGCCUCUCAGAGGGUUGAUCCAAGACCACAUCUGUUCCGGGUUGUUGCUCUCCAUGCGAGACAGCUUCUUCGAUCGAUCCGAGUUCACGCAGCUUCUUUACAGCGGUCUCGUGGACUACUGCGGUGAUGAGCACGGGAAAAUCGACGUCCCGGCGCCUGCUCUCCUCAAGCCAAAAGCACUUUGGACCGGCAAACAAGUCAUCGCCGCGGUUUUAUCGCACAUCACUCGAGGGCGACCACCGCUAACGUUCAGCGCACCGUGCAAGAUCCCAGCCACGUUUUUCGGCGGUGAAGACUCUGGCGAAGAUCGACUGAUUAUUAGACGAAACUACUUUUGCUCUGGGGUCGUAGACAAGAAUAUGUUCGGCAAGUACGGCCUUGUGCACGCCGUGGCCGAGCUCCACGGACGGUCCACAGCCGGCGCUUUAUUGUCAAUUUUUUCCCGACUUUUUACCAACUUUUUGCAAAAGCAUGGCUUUACGUGCGGUAUCGAUGAUUUGAUUCUCACCGCUGAUGCAGAAAAAGAUCGCGUAGUGGAGCUAAACAAGGCAGACGAGAUGUGUAAGACGGCUACAGCAGAUGUCGCAGAAGCGAGCGGGAAAUCGGAUGAGGAAGUGAUGACGGCUAUCGCGGCGAAGUUGCUCGAAAAUCCCGAAUGGGGCGCUCAAUUGGACAUGAAAGCGUCAGGCGCUUUGAACAAGGUGACUUCGGCGACCGUGAAGAAGUGUCUCCCGUUCGGUACAAAGAAGCCAUUCUCAAAGAAUUGUCUCUCCAUCAUGACCAUCUCUGGCGCAAAGGGUUCGCUUGUGAACUUUUCUCAAAUCGCCGCCGCCUUGGGCCAGCAAGAGCUCGAGGGUCGCCGUGUACCUCGCAUGCCGAGUGGUAAGACGCUCCCUUCAUUCGAGCCUUUCGACAUCAGCUCGCGGGCGAACGGUUACAUCGCCUGUCGGUUUUUUAGCGGAUUGGAUCCCGCCGAGUACUUUUUCCACUGCAUGGCUGGUCGCGAAGGUUUGGUCGAUACCGCCGUGAAGACUGCGCGCUCUGGUUACUUGCAGCGUUGUUUGGUGAAAAACCUAGAAUCGAUGAGAGUGCAUUACGAUUUUACCGUGCGUGACAGCGAUGGAAGCAUUGUGCAGUUUCAAUACGGGGAGGAUUGCGUCGACGUCACGCGUUCUGGGUACUUGGAGAAGUUUGAGUUCCUUGCCGAAAACCCGGAACUCAUUUUGCUCAACAACGAAGCCGCGAUUUCGAUGUUGCCCAAGCUCAACAAGAAAAAAGUAAGUGUUCUUGAGACCAUAGGUCGUAAAGAAGAGCUACCGCGAUUCUGCAUGGAAAACUUUGGCGACCAGUUGGGAGUGUUGCCAGAGAAAUUCGGCGAUGAACUUAAAACGUUCAUCGACUCGCGACCGAAAGGUUACUGGGCCGAAGAGAAAGGAAAGAAGAAUGAAAGUUCAUUGGCGGCAAAGUCCGGUUUGACCGCUGAAGAGUUUGCCAUGCUGAUGAAUAUGCGUUAUCUCACGUACGUUGCGCCCCCCGGCGAAGCCGUCGGCGUCAUUGCCGCGCAGUCUGUUGGAGAACCAUCCACACAAAUGACGUUGAAUACCUUCCACUUUGCCGGCCGCGGCGAAGCAAACGUCACGCUUGGUAUUCCUCGUCUUCGAGAGUUGCUCAUGGCUGCAUCAAAGAAGCUUUUGACGCCCGUCAUGAUACUUCCGUUGAAACCUGGGUGCAGAACUAAGGAAAAUGCUGAGACGCUCUGUCGCCGACUCCGACGAGUGAUCCUCGCCGAACUCAUCACAAAGCUUUGUAUCAAGGUGAAAGACUACGGUAUAGGUCCAGAUGAGGGACUCUCACGAUUGUAUACCGUUGUCAUUCAAAUGCGCGAAGGUCAAAAUGACGACGAUCCAAAUGAGGUGACGUUUGCAGAAUUUCUGCACGCCGUCAAGCGCAAGUUCGCCAAAAUGCUCGUGGCGAGAAUUGGCUCUGACAUGAGGAAGAGCAAAAGCAACAAUGGUGUCAUCGUGAAAAACGCGAAAAAUGGCCCGAUGCAAGGAACCACGGACCCUCGCAAGGACGAUGACGAAGAAGAGGAUGACGAAAAAGAGAAGAACUCCGCCGCGCGAGCGAAAAAUGUCAAAUUUGAGAAUGGCGACGCGUCGGAUGAGGACGAGGACGAUGAGGAAGACGAGGAAGGUGCAAAGACGGAGAAUCGCAAAAUAGACGAAACUGAGGUCGACAGCGAUUCUGAUGGCUCAUCUUCUUCCGGUGACGAUGAUUCCGAUGCUUCUUCGGACGACGCUAGCGCCAAGACGCCAAAGUCAAAGAAGAAGCGAGUUCCUUCGAGUGAGAUGACGGACUGUGGCGUACAGCUGACGGAGGAUGAAGUUGUCGAGACAAUCGUGUGUGACGAAAAAUCUCGAACCAUAGAGUUCACGGUUCCAGCUGGUAUAAACUCUCCUCACGUACUCGUGCUCGAAAUCGCACAAGAAGUUGCCGUGAAAACGAUCAUUCGCGAAACGCCGGGAAUCAAGCAAACUUUCGUCGUCGGCAAGACGGACGAUGAAGAUCCCACUGGCUCGCAACCUUUAUCCAUUCAAACCGAUGGUAUCAAUUUUGGCGCCGCUUGGGCGAACUCUGAUCUCAUCGAGGUCAACUCCAUGAAAUCAAAUUCUGUAUGGGACAUCAUGCAAACCUUUGGGGUCGAGGCGGGCCGAUCGACGCUCGUGAGCGAAGUGCAAGCUGUAUUCGGCGUGUACGGCAUCGGCGUUGAUACGCGUCAUCUUUCUCUCAUCGGUGACUUCAUGACGCAACAAGGUGAAUACCGACCCUGCAACAGAUCUGGCAUCGAAAAGAGCACUUCGCCAUUCCUGAAGAUGUCUUACGAGACGGCGACGGCAUUCUUAACGGACGCAACAAUUCGCGGAGAAACGGACGACUUGAGCUCGCCAUCGUCGAGAAUCGUCGUUGGUCGCACUGUUGAUCUGGGCACGGGCUCGUUUUCUCUCAAACACGACAUCGUGCGGGCUGCACAGUACCAAGAGGCUAACAAAGCCACGGGCAAGCACAUUCGUCUCUGA